CAUUUAAUUUCCAGUCAAAUUUAAUUGUAUAAAUUGCUCGCAUCAUAUUGAACAUUAUAAUGGCUAAGUCACUAUUCAUAAUAUUUGUGAGCUUCAUUUUUUCAACGAGCAUUUCAUUCGGUGAAGAUGCGUGCAGUAACUACGAAGAUAAGGAUUGCGUUCAUCCAAAUAUACUUAAAAAUGAUCACUUCAUUAACCAAUGGUCAGUUCAUUUGCCUGGAAUGACCAAGGACGAAGCUAAACAACUGUUAGAAGAUAAUGGCUUUGACUAUUUAGGAAAGAUAAUGGACGGGGUCGACUUGUAUCUUGUGACAAAAAAAGGUACACAAGAAAAACACGCCUUGCCCAAUGAAAGAAUAAUAGAAUUACUUAAGAAACAUGAAAAAGUGCAUUCGGUUGCACAAAAGCACGUGCUUGAAAACUCGCAGGAUGAGGUGACAAAUAUAAUCAACGAGGAUAAUGUUCAUUUCGAGUCCUUGGAUCCCGACACUAUCGUCCUAAAUGACGGAUGGAAUAACUUGGAAAGAAUAGCUGCUUUCGAGGCAGCCGAAGCCGAAGCCGAAGCCGCGAUCGCUGCAGCGGCGUCUGAUAAUUCUAAGCCAGCAGACACUAAUAAAAAGAUUGAAGCUGAUGGCGGCGACGAUGGUAGUCGCAAAAAGAAACAACGCCGAAAAAAACAAGACGGAGUGUCUAGUUCAGAUAAUGAAUCUCCGUCCGAGACAAUGGAUCAUGAGGGUUCACUGGAAUCAGAUUUAUCAAACGAAGAAUUGUUGGUAGCAGAUCUGUCAAACGAAGGAUCAGCAGACGAGGAGACGUCGGACGAGGAGUUGUCGGAUGAGGAUACCGUGGAAGAGGUGUCGUCGGAUGAAACAGGACUCGAUGAAUAAAAUUCUGCAAGACCUGCAAUGCAUUAUAUAUCUUGAGGCAUAAAUGUGUAUAAUCACGUAUAGCUAUAAUAAUUUAUUAACAGUUUAUACUUUUAGCUACUGGCCAAAUCUAACGAAAAAAAUAUGUUAUUUAUAAUCUGAUAUCUUCAAAGUUCUAAUUUUACAUAUGAUUUUUAAUAAAUAUAAAUUUAAAAUGAUUUAAUAUAAUAUAUAAUACUAGGUAUAUUGUAGUAGACCAAAAGUAAUAUCACAACUGGUCAUUGCCAGGUAGAAGCAAUUUUAUUAUUAAAUUUUUAUAUACUAUCUAGUACAUAAAAAUGCCUACGUUCAAUUUGUAAAAAAAUAUAAGAAAAUUAAAGUGGGACAAUUUUAAA